AUGAAAGACAGAUAAAUAUUGAAAGGGUUAUUACUGCAUAGUCUAACAUUUUGUUAUUCUAUAUAUUUUUAUACCAUUAGAAGUGAAGCUAGUAAUCUAUUUUGCAUGAUAAUUACAAGCAUAAUAACAAUAACUAUGUUUAUUUUGAGAUAUAAAAAUUAAUAGGUGAAGGUUAUUGGAACUAUACUUUGUAUUUAAAUAGAUGUUAUAUGUUUGAUAAUUUUGAAUAUUGUAAAUCUCAAUGUUACAUCAUAUGCAUAAUUAAUAUUGUGUCAGUACAUCUCAAAGGAAUUAUAUAGAAAAAUGGGACCCUUAAAAUAUAAAUUAAUCAAUCCUCAGUCUCUAUAUUAUGGUACCAUUUUUAUUGGAAGUAUAUUUUAAUAAGUGUACUCCCAUAUUUAAAUUGACUUUACUACUGAAACCCCAUAGUUAAUCAUCUGUUUGUUAAUGUCAGUCAUUGAUAAUAUAAUAAUUCAUGAGAAAAAAAGAUAGAGAGUUUAAUAAUUAACUACUAUGCCAAUUGACACUAAAACAUUAAAUAAACUUGAUGGAGUAGCCAAAAGAGUACUUUCUAUUUUAGAUCAACCUUCUUAAGAUUAAUCAAAAGAUAGCUUUCAAAGAGAAUAUGAUGAUUUUAGCAAUAUCUAAUAACAUUAUAUUAAUCCAGAGAUAAUUUAUAAUUCUUUGGAAUAUUUUUCAGAAGGCUUAAUUGUAUUAAAUGUUUUAGAUGAAUAAAAUCAUAAUUAUAAAAUAUCAUACAUGAAUAAUGCUACAAGGAUUCUUUUUGGUAAAGAUUAAGAUGCAGAUAUCCUUUUCAUUUUAGAAAACUUAACUACCUUACAUUUGUAAAAUCAGGAAUAUUUUGAAGAAAAUAAUUCAAGAAGUGGUUCUGUCCAGUAAAAAUUUGGUAAUCUUUCAAAUUCAAAAUUAUGCAAAUCUUUAUUUCCAAUGAGAGAUUUAAUGUUUUGUUCUUUAAAAUAACCUCUAGUUGAUAUAUCUUAAUAAGAAAGACAAUAAACUAUAAGUAUGAAAGACUUAUUAGAAAAGAUUAUAAAAACAAAGAGAUAAGAUUAGAUAACUGCGAAUACACAUAUUGAUUUCAGUAUGUUUGAUAAUUAAAAAGUAAUAAAAAAAUCAUAAAAUCUUGCUUAUUCAAGAUAAGAUACUGAUAGAUUGAUGGAAUUUAAAUUAACUUUAAAAACAGAUAAAAAUAUUUUAAUAAUUUGUAGAGAUGUGACACAUCGUUAAAAGAUUAGAUAUUUAAAAGAAUAUGAUAUUUAAAAAUCUAAAAUGCUUUCAUUUGUUAGUCAUGAAUAUAGACAACCUUUAGGAUGCAUAAUAUAAAUGAUUGAAUUUGCAUUAUAACAAAAUGUUAUAUAUAAAAAUGCAGAAAUCACUGAAGAUUUGUAAGCAGCAUUAGAUAAUUCAAAAUAUAUGUUAAAUUUAUCUAAUGAUUUGUUAGAUUUAGCUCAAAUCAAAAAUGGAAAAUUCAAAAUUCAAAAGGUACCUUUCAAUUUAGAAAAAUUAAUAAUUGAAUCAAUUAAAAUGUUCGCUCUAAAAGCUAAAAUAAAGAAUUUACAAUUAGAAUGUGACUAUAAUGAAUCUCUUCCAAAAUUCAUUAUCUCUGAUAAAAAUAGAAUUAAAUAAAUAAUUGUUAAUCUAUUAGGAAAUGCUUUUAAAUUCACAUGUACUAGAAUAUAAGUUAUUGUUGAAUAAUAAUCUAAUUAAAAAUUGAGAAUUGGAGUAAGAGAUGAUGGAAUAGGAAUUAGUGAAGAGGAAUAAAAGAUUCUAUUCAAAGCAUUCUCAAAAGUAAAUUCUGAAGAGAGCAAGAAACUUAACGAAUAAGGUGUAGGAUUAGGUUUAGUUAUUAGUAAUUAAAUAGCUUAAAAUAUUGGUUGUUCAGGAUUGAAUAUAGAAUCUAAUAAAGAUCAAAAUAUCAUUUUUCUUUCUUUUACUUUGAUAUAUUAAUGGAAGAGGCAAUAAAUAAAAAAAAAGUGCCAAGUUUUAAGAUUCCAUAAAUUACACCUAGAUAUUAGGAAGUUGAUGAAGCUACAACAUUUAAUUAAGAUUGUUAAAAGAUAACUAUUGAUGCAAUUCCAUAAUGUUGUCAUUAUUUGAUUGUUGAUGAUGAUUGUUUUAAUGGAUAUGCUUUGAGAAGAAUAAUGAUGGGAUUACAAAAUAAAUAGGUUUUAUCUAUAUCAUAAUUUGAUGUAGAAUAUGUACUUUCUGGAAAAGAUUCAUUACUAAAGAUUCAAGAAAAGAAAUGUAAUAAAAUUUGUUAAGGUUACAAACUAAUAUUUAUGGAUGUAGAAAUGCCAGUUAUGAAUGGUAUACAGACAACAAAAUAAAUUUUGAAUACCAAUCCAAAUUAAUUGAUUAUUGGUUGCAGUGGAUAUUCAGAUUUAUAAGAAAAGCAGAUAUGUUUAGAAGCUGGUAUGGUUGAUUAUCUUAUAAAACCUGUGACAGAAUUAGAUCUCAUUAAAAUACUAGAGAAAUAUUAAUGA